AUGGAGCAGACAAUCCUAGGAAUAUUUGCCAUAAAGCAGGAAGGUGCAGAACCCACAGAUGAGCUGGAAGAUGUUGAAGGUGUGGAGGUGACCUUGCUAAGGGAUGCUGUGUUUCGUAAAACUUUGUAUGCCAACAGUACAAUCUUCAUGAAAUUUCAUGGAGAUGAGUCAGCAUGUAAAGACAAGGACCUGGCCUUUAACGUUAGUUGGUACCUUCGGUCCUCCAUUUGCUACAAUGAAGUAUUUAACACAGCAGAAAAUUCUGCUGUGUCCAUGUUCGGUUUGGAUCACAAGCUGAAGGAGAGCUGGACUGGCUUCUAUAGCCAAGGCUACAUCUACUUCAGCAGCUGCUCAAGUCUCCUCACAUCUACGACUUAUAAAGAAUUUCAGCCAGUUCUGUCUCUCAAGGGUUCCGAGGAGUCUGAAGCUACAAACCAAAGCAGACUUGUGUGGGAUGAAAGUCCGGAUAUUGGUGCGGUUACCAAGUCAUGGUCAGACAGCCCGUACAUGUUUAUUGUGAAGUUUCAACCAAUACAAAAUCCUGAUGCCAGUAGAAGACGGCGAGAGACGGAGGAUGUGGACGUGCCAAGUGAUUUACAGAACAGUCUUUCAAUUACAAUGACUGUAGAAAUGAAGGGUCCUCAUGACUACUCCUCACCCGCUGACUGGCCUCUAAUGAUGUUUUUCAUGGCCAUGUGCAUCGUGUACGUACUGUUCGGCUCUCUGUGGCUCCUAUGGAUGGCCUGUUAUUGGCAGGACCUACUCAGGAUCCAGUUCUGGAUUGGCGCUGUGAUCUUUCUAGGCAUGUUGGAGAAGGCAGUCUUCUACUCAGAGUACCAGAGCAUCCAGUACCAUGGAGACUACGACCAAAGCGCUGUGAUCUUUGCUGAACUGCUAUCUGCACUAAAGAGGUCUCUAGCUCGGAUCUUGUUGAUCAUAGUCAGUCUGGGCUAUGGCAUUGUCAGACCAAGGUUAGGGACAACAGUACCCAGACUGGUGGCUGUAGGGCUGCUUUAUCUCAUCUUCUCUUCUGUGGAGGGUGUUCUCAGGGUUACUGGGGGUUUCUAUGGAACAGUGGCUCUGGUUGCUAAUAUUAGUCUCUCUCUUACUGAUUCCUGUGUCAUAUGGUGGGUUUUUAUCAGUCUGUCUCAGACCACUCGCCUUCUGAAGCUACGCAGGAAUGUGGUCAAGCUCUCAUUAUACCAGCACUUUACCAACACCCUCGUCUUCUCUGUCCUGGCAUCUAUCGUAUUUAUCAUCUGGACAACCAAACAGUUUAAGAUGGUGGACUGUCAGUCUGGUUGGAGAGAUAUGUGGGUGGAUGAUGCAUUCUGGAGGCUGCUUUUUUCCACCAUCCUGCUAGUUAUCAUGGUGCUGCUACGACCUUCCGUCAACAGUCAAAGAUUUUCACACUCUCCACUUAUUGAGGAAGAUGAUGAGGAAGAUGAUGCAAAAGAGCCUAUGCUUAAUGAAGCCUUUGAGGGAAUGAAAAUGAGAGGGACGAAACCUGAGACAAACUCCAAUCAAAAGCUUUUCAGCAAAGAGAACUCCCAGGAUGAGGACAUGAAUUGGGUAGAGGAGAACAUCCCUACAACUGUAGUCGACAUGGCUUUGCCUGUGGUGUUGGAUGGGGAAGAGGAAUUUCUCAAAACCAAGAUGGAAAGGUCUAAAAUGGAUUAGGCAGCAGGAUGAAGAAGCAUGCUUUUAUUUAAUGAGUGCAGAUGAAUAGUUGAACAAUAAUGUGAAAUGCCAUUCAUGUAAGACUUAUGACUGGCAGCAAUUUUUUAUGAAGGCAAAUGAUCUGACCAGUAAAGUUUUUGGUCUGCUGUGGUAUUCUUAAGUUUAAGUGCUAAAGUUCUGGCAAAUAUUGUAGUGCUGGGGAAUGGUAGCUGGUUAUUUAAUGUAUUCAUCCAAAGUGCUGCAGCUUUUUGUUAAUCCUCUGAAGCAGGGGUAUUCAACCUUGGGUUGGUCUGAGAUACAGAUGGAGUUGCACAUUUCUUACAAAACUGUUUAUACUGAAUUAUAGGCAGCUAUCACUAACCAAAGUGUGUGAAAUAAUACAUGUUUAUAAUUUGAUUAUGAGCUGCUCUAAUACUCAGGACAAAAAGAACUCAGCGGAGUGAUCUUUCCCUCUUCAAUAUUACUAUUUUGUUGAUUUGCAUCGGCUGAAAUAGAAUGUGAUAAUGAAAUGUAUCUGCUAAUAUUAUUUAUUUUAAUCCUGAAUUAAGAAAAUAACUUCAGAGAGACAAUGGCUAACAUUCUGUGAAAAUGCUCUUCUUUACAGUAAUGCAGUAGGAAUAUUAGACUGUGUGGCAGGGUGUAUGAUGGGGGGUACUUUUAAAAUGGGCUCACUAGGCAAAAAAGGUUAAGGACCACUGCUUUAAAGACAUUCCAACAAUACACCCAUGUUCAUGGGUUGGAAUUUUGUCAUCAUUACACAACCUGGUCACAGAUUGCCUUCUUUAUUGUUGCUACAAUUCAGGUCAUUUGAAAUAAGAUUAUGCUUAAUAUAUUUUUUUUUAAUCUAAUGUUUGUUAUUUUAUCUCAUUUCUUUUGCCUGUCUUCUAGUCUAGUCUAGUAUUAAUUUAUCUUUGUUAGAUGUCAUUUAUUAGUUACAUUGAGCUUUUUUUCAACUUUUCAACAACAAACAUUAUUAUUAUUUGUUCUGCAUAUUUUAGCAGAAAAUAUUUCAUUGACUGUGUUGUGGAUUAUUAGGUACUGUACUUACAUUUAUUGCUCAUUUAUUGAGCUACACCUACCAUAUGGAUGCACUCUGCUGAUACGCAUUCACUGACUGUUGACCAUCUUUUGCUUUGUACACUGUAAAUCCUGUCUCCCCCAUCUGUUAAUAAAAAGGGACUCAUGUCAGACCCCCA